UGGGUUAUCAAGAGUGGGGGUUUUUGGAAAACCCAUGUGUUUAUACAAUGCUCUAGGGUAUUUUCUGAUAUUCUUGUGUUAAUCACCGCCAAGGUAAGGUAAUGCAGCUAUAUAAAUCGAGCUUUGAUGGUCCGAUCUCCGUCAGUGUUUCAUUUGAAUUGUCGCAGUGAUGAAGUGGUUUUCGUUAUUGGUCCCGCUACUGGCGCUUCUCUCCCUACUCGAAAUUGGAUAUGCCCGAACGAUUCCCAAAAUAACUAUUAGGAAUGGCGACAUCAUCGUCCAUGGAAACUGUUAUGGCUGUACUGCCAGAGCCACUAAAAAUACGGCUCAUUUAUCAAUUAAAUUUACUCGAAGAUGGUAAAUUUGUGUUUCAAAAAAUCCUCAAACUUGCCAUAUAUAUUUAUAUUAUUUAUAACUAUUUAAUUAAUAAAAAGCUAACUA